AUGUUUCGGCGACUCGUGCCAUACAAGUCCUUUCUUAUUUCUCGACGCUCUCAUUCCUUCAAAAACAAUGGAUAUGUCACGGAAUUUCCGUAUGUUAUUUUAUCGUCUAUGUUUAUGUCUUUAGAUUAUCAUACCCUGAAUUUCUCCAUUCUCCGGUGGAAAAUCGUCGAAUUCCAUUGUAUGAAAAACUCGUGAGAGCCGAUAUGUUAGAACGACGUUUAAAUGUUGACAUCCCGGAGUUUUACGUGGGAUCUAUUUUGGCGGUUACAGUGUCUGAUCCAAAUAUGAACAACAGACAGAAUCGGUUCCUCGGAAUAUGUGUCAGGAGGCACAAAGUUGGCUUACAUCACACGUUUACACUAAGGAAUGUAGUGAAUGGCUUAGGUAUGCGUUCAUUAUUCUUUUUGUCUACUUUUUAGGGGUUGAAGUGAUGUAUGAUUUAUAUAAUCCAACUAUCCGGAAGAUCGAAACUAUAAAAUUGGAGCGUCGUCUAGAUGAUGAUCUUUCUUAUUUGAUUGACGCAUUACCCGAAUAUAGCACAUUUGACUUCAAUUUGGAACCCAUCUCUCAUCCGGUGGGUAAACCAGUGCCUGUUAAUCCACUAAAAGUGAAACUCCGUCCACCACCAUGGUCACAGAGAUGGGACAUGUUGCCAUUUGAGGGCUUGGAAAACGCUUGGGAGAUGGCGACACCGAGAGCAAAGAGAAAGGUGAAGAGGACCAGGGUGAAUGACUACUUCGAGUUUGAUCUCAUAUGGCAAUAUCGACGAGAAGGCCAAGAUUUGGCUAACGAGAUCCUCAUUCAGCAAGAGAUCAAGGACUUCGAACAAGACAGGCAAAGCAAGGGAGCAACCAAGCGAAAGAUCCUUAGAUCUGCUGAAUUGGCUCUUUAGGAAUGGUUAUUUUUUGUUGAGUAAAUUUGUUAUUUUAUGUCGUAUGUUUUUUUGUGGUAUAAUUCCAUGACUAUCUCAUUUAUUUAGAGUAUGGCAGGAUCAUUUAUUGCUUCCAGUUACUGCAAAAGCUGGUAUUGACGGGAAGGGAUGGCCACCUCAUAGAGAAAGCAGUAUUCCUGCUUUAUUACGGGUAUUUACUGCUGCAGUGUCUUUCAGGGUAUGAUACUUAUAGCUUUAAUGUUUAAUGUAUUAGAAAGUUUAUGGGUCAUAAAAUGAUGGAAUGUGUCAGUAAUACGAUGGAGUUAAUAAUCAAAAACCGCUGUCAAUUGACUAAUAUCGAAUGUGUUGUUCCUGACGAUGCUUCUGUGCGGGAGUUUGUAUCUUCUGUAUUGGGUACUGGUGAAAAAGUUGCAUUGAGUGUGUACGUUCAUCAGAAGAUUUGCGGACUUGAAAAUGAUGGCUUCGAGAUUGAACGAUGGACUUUCCAAAGAAUGUUGGAUGGAUUGGAGAGGUCGCAUCUUGAUGAAUACAAGGCCUAUUUUGCUCUUAUUGUUGCUCGGCUUGCCCUCUCUCCCCUUGAUUCUUUUGUUGGAUCGAAAGGCUUUCCUGCUGGAUACAGGAUGUCGUUUAGGUUGGCAAAGUUUUAUAAAGAGUGUUAUUGCUGAUAGGUUGGAGGAAUAUAGAGAAGGAAGCUCUAAGAUGCCACAAGGUUUCAUUUUCCCGUUGUUUUUGGAGUCGUCUCAACUCCUUUCGAUCACGUAUGAAUACGUCACAUCAAUUCCGUAUCCUCUAAACAUUGUUUGUAAUUGUAAAACAAGAGGAAGACCCAGGAAUUUAUUAUUGGUGGAGAAUACGACAUGUGUGGGUAACGUGAAAUCCGUUGUUAGACCAAUCAGCCGAAUCAGAAGACACACGAUCGGUGAGCAUAAUCAUUCAGGAUCUAAUCACACGACUCAAAGCGUCAGACGUCCUUUUGUGAGAAGAAGCAGGAGAAUUUCACAUUCUGGAUUGUUGGGGAACUUCGAGGAGAGCGCGUUACACGGACGUCUGAAGCCUGUGGCUUCGGUAGACGGAUUCAGUCUUCAAGUUGGUAGGUACAUAAACGCGGAGGACUCAGGUUUCAGUCGGGUUCAAUCUACAAUCGACGAAGUAUAAUGUCAAAACCCAUUUCUUCGAUGUCUCCGAUGAUAAUAGUCCCUCUUUAUACUUUGUAAGUUGCAGAAUUGGGUUCGAAUUCUGUCUUCAGGGUGUUGUUGACUUAAGCACUACUCGAAUAAGGAUAAAGAAGAAGAGCAGAGUUCAGGCCGUAAGUGAAUAUUAACCAGGUUACAGUAUCUAGACGUUAUUCAACCCGCACGGACGCGCUUUAAAGUUGUUCAUCGUUGAUCUGGACCUCUCUGACAUGCCUCCACAUAGUAACACUUUUGUGAGACAGCGGAUUUUUACAACAUCAGAUAUUAAAGGAGCUAAACCCGUAUUACGAUACUUGAUCAACCUAAGGUAAUGUCACCCCGGAAAUCAAAACCAAAGAAUUUAGGUUAGCCAGUGAUGCGAAAGGGCGGAUUUACAUGCACUCAGACAUAAAGUUGUUGUUUUCAAAUAAGGAAGAAGUCGACUUGUUGGACUUGACUUCCAACAAGGAGUACUGUGAAGUGAACACUGAGAUGCCCGAGAAUCCCAAAUAUUCUAUGAAUACGGACAUAGAUAAAUGUAGAUAA